AUGGCACCUCUGGCUGCGGAUCCCCGCCAGAUCCUGGUCGUCCUCGAUGACACCAGGCGGCGCCAGUUCUACACGCUUAUUGAAGAUAUCAUGAAACUCAUGAGAUCAGAAAUAGAUCCCCACGGCGAUGAUCGACACGAUGGAGGUUGGCCGUCGGUCGCCCAGUGGGAGCAGCAGCAGAAGCAGCGCAAGCUGGCAGGCCGGGACGCAUCGGAGCUCUCCUCCAUCCGACAAGAUGCCCUCGAGCACUUUGGCGACUGGCGCCGGGGGAUUCUGAAGAAGCUCAAAGAGAUCACGUCCGCCAAGGAGGACAAGAAGGUGCUCGAGGCCCGCAAGAAGCGCCAGGACGAGGUCGCCAAGAUGAAGGCCGCGUCGUCUGGCGACGAAGAAGACCCCAUCACCCUCGGCGACACGGAGAACUCGUCCACGACGAACGCCAAGGACGUGGCCACUUUUCAGAAGCACUACCAGCCGGUGCCUACGAACCUCGCCGCCCUGCCGGUCGAGGACAGGCGCGAGCUGCUGAGCUCGAUGCUGCUGGUCGUGUUGUCGACGGGCAACUACGCGGCCCACUCGCGCGUGCUUGUUCUGCACCUUGCGUCGUCGUUUGGUCUUCCUCUCGCCGUGCUCAUCACGGAGGAGACGGAGAUUGCCAAGUUUCUCGUCGAAGCCUCUACCGCCAAGGGCGAGGACGGAACCAGCAGCAAGAACGCCGCUGCGGCGUCGGCCAUGUCUGGCGAGGCUGAGGCGACGAAGCGGCGUCAGGAUAAUCAGUCCUCUCGCUUUUGGAAAGUCGGUCUGGCGUCCGUGGCUGGCGCCGCCGUCAUUGGUGUCACGGGAGGUCUCGCAGCCCCUGCCGUCGCGGGAGUGAUCGGCGGCAUCAUGGGCAGCGUCGGACUCGGCGGUGUGGCGUCCUUCCUGGGCAUUUUCUGGGCCAACGGUGCGCUCGUCGGUGCUCUGUUUGGUGCCUACGGUGCCAAAAUGACGGGUGAGAUGAUGGAUCAGUACGCAAAGGAGGUGGAGGACUUCCGCUUCUUGCCCCUCAAGGAGGAAUACGGACAAGAUGCGAAAAAGGCGACAUCAGACGAGAAGAAGACGCGCCGCCUGAGAGUCACGAUCGGCAUCAACGGAUGGCUUGAGAAUGAAGACGCCGUAACGAAGCCGUGGAAGGUCCUGGGCGACGAGUCGGAGGUCUUCGCCCUGCGAUAUGAGAUGAAGGCUCUCAUUGCUUUGGGUGCCUCGCUCGAGGACCUGGUCAAGAGCUACGCCUGGAAGUACGUCAAGCUGGAGAUUCUCAAGAACACCGUUCUCGUGUCGCUUUCGGCCGUCCUCUGGCCUGCCUACCUUCUCGGCACAGCCUCCAACAUUGACAACCCUUAUCACCUUGCGCGCAAUCGCUCUGAAAAGGCAGGCCGUGUGCUCGCGGAUGCCCUCAUCAACCGCGCGCAGGGCGAGCGGCCUGUCACCCUGAUCGGGUACUCUCUGGGCGCCCGCGCCAUUCACUCGUGCCUCAAGACGCUGGCCCAGCGACGAGCCUUUGGUCUUGUCGACUCGGUCGUGCUCAUCGGCGCCCCGACGCCGUCCGACACUGAGCAGUGGCAGAUUCUCCGGGCCGUGGUCGCGGGCCGCAUCUUCAACGUCUACUCGGAGAACGACUACAUCCUGGGCUUCAUGUACCGGGCCACAUCGCUGCAACUCGGCGUCGCGGGCCUGCAGCCCAUCGAGGGCGUCGACGGCAUCGAGACCCUGGAUCUCAGCAAAGACGUCGCGGGCCACCUCCGCUACCCGGACCUGAUCGCGCAGGUCUUGACCAAGUGCGGCUUCCCCGACGUCAAGGACGGCGAGGGCGAGAUUGAGCGAGACGAAGACAUUGAGCGCGCCAAGCAGGCGCAGCCGGACGACAUGCCUGAGGAGGCGCGCGCCAUCCAGGGCGAGAAGCCCAAGACUGGUGGUGGUGGUGGUGAGCAGGACGCGGAGGAGGACGAGCCGUCGCCCCCUCUGCCUCCGAGGAGGGAGGCCGAGACGGGCGCCGGCGGGGCGACGUCGCCGCCUCCGUGGGCUUCGGACAGGAAAGAAGACCCUCUCAACUUGGGCGCGUUGGGGACGAAACACGUGGAGCCACUCGCGGAGCAGGACUUGCCCGAGCGGCCCAAGCCUUGA